AUGGAUGCAACAGAUGCAGCAGAUACUCAGGAACAACGUCCCUCAAUCCCCGACCGUAAACAGCGAAAAUCCGUCGUUUUUAAUUCCGAAGCUCUCGUAGUUGAGCCUGACGGCAAGAUAGUCACCAUGGCUUCCGAAGAUACAAAGGACACUGCCCUAUCCCAUACACCUCGUACGCCGCCGCUCUCAGCCGCUCUUGAGGCUUUUACUGAUGCGCGAGAAGCUGCCGUCGAAGACGCUGCCCCUCCCACCGAAGAAGGCGGUCUUGAUCUUCUCAAGAAGAAAAAGAAGAAGCCUAAGAAGACCGAGGAUGCCGAGGGAGAAGAGGCAAGCGGUGCCGCCGACGGAGCUGCCGAUACCGGUGGUUUAGACUUAGCCCUGAAGAAGAAGAAGAAGAAGAAGGCAACCAAAGCCGACGAAGGCGACGAAUUCGCUGCCAAGCUCGCGGCGCUCGACCUCGAUAAGGAGGGCGGUGCGGAGGGUGCUGCCGACACGAAAGGCGAAGAGCAAAGCGGAGAUAUGGAGAAAGGAACUGGUAUCUGGAGUCACGAUGAGACUAAGGCGAUCAGCUACGAUUUGCUCCUCAGCCGCUUCUUUAGUCUAUUGGCUCAGAAGAACCCGGAUCACGCCUCCAGCGGCACACGAAGCUACAAGAUCCCACCUCCUCAGUGUUUACGUGAAGGUAACAAGAAGACUAUCUUCGCCAACAUCCAGGAAAUUACCAAGAGAAUGAAGCGAAGCGAGGAACACGUCACCGCCUACCUCUUCGCCGAGUUAGGUACAAACGGUUCCGUCGACGGUAGCAGACGAUUAGUUAUCAAGGGUCGAUUCCAACAGAAGCAAAUCGAGAACGUCCUGCGAAAAUACAUCAUUGAGUAUGUUACCUGUAAGACGUGUCGAUCUCCCGACACAGAACUCAACAAGGGAGAGAACCGUCUCUACUUCAUCACGUGCAACUCGUGUGGAUCCCGUCGGUCCGUCACCGCUAUCAAGACCGGUUUCUCGGCCCAGGUCGGCAAGAGAAGGAAGAUGCAGGGUUAA